UUGGCAGUCUCUGCUAGCACAUAUUCCCUGGUAGCACAGAUCCACCCUCGGAGAAAAGCCUAAUUUAAAGAGUCAAUGGGCCGUCGUCCGGUCUCUAUAUGUCUGGCAUGGUUGGCACAUCAGCGAGCCAGGGGCGCUCCGAUAUAGCGAAUGUCGGCAACCCGGAAAUCUCUAUCCAGCCAACCUAUCGCCGGUUUCCCUCAAUGCGGCUGCCGAACCCUUCGACGUGGCAUUUCGACAUCGACGAGUCCCUGAACAGGAUUGUCCCGGCACCGCCAUGGAGAUACUUGCCGUACCCCGUCGCCCACUUCCUGGGUUACCGGAAGGGUAAGCUCCCGGAGAUUGGCAACAUCGUCAUGAUAUUCUGGGCCGCCAUCGGCAUCUUCUGCUCCAUCAUCCUGAUCGAGCUGGCAUCCCGUCGCAUUCCCGCCAUGGAACAGAACAACACUCUCAUCGUGGCGAGCUUUGGCGCUGCUGCCGUUCUCGAGUUCUAUGCCAUCGAAUCCCCGCUUGCCCAGCCCAGGAACAUGAUAUUGAGCCAGCUCAUCGCCAGCUCGGUCGGCGUCAGCGUCAGCAAGCUCUUCGCCAUGAACCCCGACUACGACUCAAUCCGCUGGCUCGGCGGGGGGAUAGCAUGCGCCGGCGCCACGAUUGUCAUGGCGCUGACCAAGACCGUCCACCCGCCCGCCGGCGCCACGGCCCUGCUGGCGGUCGUCGACAGCUCCGCCGUCGGCAUCGGGUGGAUGCUCAUCCCCUCCAUGAUGCUCGGCUGCGCCGUCAUGCUGGCCACGGCCCUGCUCGUAAACAACAUCCAGAGGAGGUUUCCGUCCUACUGGUGGACGCCGGAGCACCUCGAUGGCAAGUCGCCGAACAUGAUUGAGGCGAAGCCUGACCUGGAACGGCAGAUGGGGGUGGCUUCGGAGGACGAGGACAAUGAGCUGCCGCAUAUUGCUAUCCACAAGGGGCUCGUCAUCAUGGCUCCGCACAUAGUCCUGUCUCCGGAGGAGAAGGUCUUCCUUGAGACUCUCAGUAAUCGGAUAUGAGAUCAAGCGGGGGGGGAGGCUUCUUGAUGGCUGACCAACCAGGCAUGCCAUGUUGGUUCUAGCGCAACCAUGCCUAAAGUGCCAAUCCCAAGGCUUACCAGGCGACCAGCGAAUUCAUGCUACUCGACGACAAAAAAGCCCAUGG